UUUAAAAUUUGGUGCAAAAAAAUUAAAUUUACCAAUCACUAGUGUUAUAUUAGUGGAAAACUACUUUUAUCGAUAGGAAGUAGAUAUCGAUAAUCAACGAGGUUUCAAAUUAAACAUUUAUAGUCACCGACUUCUCAGUUUAACUAGUUUUCUGUUUUGAUUUAGAGCAUCUAACAAAUUAGCUGUGAAUUUUUAUUGAAAAACGAGACCAAGUCUCUUGUAAUGUGGUGUAGUCAAUGAAAAUGAAACUGCCGGGUGCAUUUAUGUCGGCUUUAGAUUCUGCAAUGGAGAAAAUUACGAGUAAUUUAAAUUUGAAAUAUAGAAAAAAACACUCUUCUAAAGCAGACAAAAUGCCUGACGGCGAAGAAGGAGAUAUUGAUGAAGAGAAUGAGCUAGCAUCAGAUACAUGCAUUCUUUUGAACAGUGGAGAGGUCACUUCAAAGACUGAUAGCAGUAUUGAUCAAAAGGAACCACUAUGGGUGACUGCAAUUCAAAUGUUCAUUCCUUUUCUUCUGGCUGGAUUUGGAAUGGUUGCAGCGAGUUUGUUAUUAGAUAAAGUGCAGCAUUGGCCAGUUUAUAAGAACGUUAGUGAAGUUUACAUAUUAGUACCUGCCCUUCUAGGUUUGAAGGGAAAUUUAGAAAUGACACUAGCUUCUAGAUUGUCAACUCAUGCUAAUCUAGGACAUCUGGAUAUAUAUAAGCAGAAGAUCAGUCUGAUAGUAGGAAAUCUUGCCUUAAUAUUGUGUCAAGCCAUUGUCGUAGGAUUUCUUGCAUCUGUAGCAGCGAUCAUAUUUGGGUGGGUUCCUACUGGGGAAAUAAAUCUUAAACACGCGCUUUUGCUCUGUGCCAGUAGUAUUGUUACUGCGUUUGGAGCAAGUUUUAUUUUGGGAUUAGUUAUGGUCGGAGUUAUUCUUGUAUCUAGAUACCUCAAUAUUAAUCCAGAUAAUGUGGCAACUCCUAUAGCAGCAAGCUUGGGAGAUCUCACGACACUAGCUUGUUUAUCUUGGUUAGCUUCUAUUUUUUAUCAUACAAUGGACUUACAUCCGUACUUAACGUCAAGCUCUAUAGCCUUAGGAUUACUUUUGGUACCCGUUUGGGGCUGGAUAGCAAGUAGAAAUGAGCAUACUCGAAAAGUCCUAUUCAGCGGCUGGAGUCCUGUGAUAACUGCAAUGAUAAUCAGUAGUAUAGGUGGUUUGAUAUUAGAUUUUACAGUAUCCCAAUUUAAAGGGGUGGCAGUAUUUCAGCUAGUCAUUAAUGGAGUUGGAGGAAAUUUAGUAGCUGUACAAGCUAGUAGAAUUUCAACUGAACUCCAUAGUAUUUCUCAACCUGGGCAAUUACAUCAGAGUAUGCAAAUUUGCAUAAAUCCUUGUACAGCAUUUUGUAACAAAAAGAAAUCAAGACAUGCAGGUACUGCUCAAAUGUUAAUGUUGAUGGUAGUACCUGGACAUCUCAUUUUUUCUUAUACUAUAAGUUAUCUUCAGGCAGGUCAUACUUCAUUCACAUUGAUUUUUAUGGUAGUGUAUUUAUCUGCUGCAUUGUUGCAGGUAUUUUUAUUAUUAUAUAUUGCCCAAAUUAUGACAUUAAAUAUGUGGAAAUUGGGAAUUGAUCCUGAUAAUUCUGCCAUUCCUUAUUUAACGGCAAUUGGGGAUUUACUAGGUACUUUACUUUUAGCAUUAGCUUUUCAUCUACUUUAUUUCAUUGGAGACAGAGACAGCGAUGUGGGUGACUAACAAAACCAAGAUGUAUAUAAAUAUACAAACAAUAUUUUGGGCCAUACACUUAUAUAUGUUGUGAUCUUGUUUUAUUGUAUAAAUUAUGCUAAAAUUAUAGAAACUGAAAAUGUCUGGUGCUAUACUUAUUCACUAUUAAAUAUUUUCUUAAAAA